UGGCGGAUAUCUUCUUUUUCUGUUUCCGGAUCAGUGUACUGAGAGCCACCUUAUAAAACAGCAGACGGUCCCCUCCAUAGAGAGAGGAAGAGAGAGAUAUGGUUGUCUCAGAGAAGUCGAUGAGCGAUCUCGGGGAGGAGUCGCUGGAGUUGGAUGAUCUUUCCCGCUUUCAGAAGUCAUUGCAGGAGCUAAAAUCAUUGCGACCACAGCUUCACUAUGCUGCUGAUUACUGUGAGGCUUCACUGAGGGAAGCGGCUCAGAAAACUCAGAGAAAGAAGGCAUUGGAGAAUGCGAAGGAAUACAUAGGGAAGGCGGUCGUGACAACCAUUGAUCAUCUGGGAAGCGUCUCGGCGAACCUGGAAUCCCUUCUCUGUCUCAGCUUGGGCGAGAUCUCAAGGGUGGAGCUAAGAAUCGACUGUUUGAAACAGAGACUUCUCACAUGUGAACAGUACAGUCAGAGAGAAGGACUUGCUAAGCAAUGGUGGAAUAUGCCUUUGGCAAAUCAUCAUAGACGUUAUGUGGUCGCUGGCAAAGUUGCGAGAUCAAAUGAAGAUGUGGGCAGGACAAAGGCCACCCUUCCACUUGCUUCCUCAUGUUCUAUAGGCUUUGAGUUUUCUGCUUUGCUGCCGAAGAUCGAAAACCAGCCACUGCUGAUGAAGUCUGGGAGCACCACUUCUCUCAGAUCACAUCCUCAGACAUGGGAGCAAGGAAUUGAAAUGUUUGAAGAUCAGCCCAAGAAAUCAGGGGAGAGCAGGCGACAUAGAAAGCUUCUAGUUCUUCCUUGGAAGUAGAAAACGAUGUUCUCCUUUACUUCUUUGGCGCUAUGUUUAAAAUAUUUGUCAUAUUAUGGAUGUAUGAGUGAAUAUUGGAGGGUUCUACAGCGGUUGAAUUAGUGAAAUUUUGCUAUUAUAAAAGGAACAUUUGAUGAUCUUUUGAUGUAA